AUGGCCAUCCGACUCUUUAGCGUCAUGGCAAUCUUUGCGACUGUUGUUCUAUUACCAAUCAAUCGUGCAUUUGCGCAUGACGGCCGUAAGAAUGGCGGCAGUGGUAAUGAUACUUCCAUUAACCCGGCUUCAUUGUUCGGAACAGAUCAGCAGGUGUUCUCAGAUCCAAGCUUCCUCGGUAUACUGAAGCACAAGGAUAAAACGGACAAAAGCUUAGAGAGGUCCUGGCUUUGGGCUUAUGUCGUUUUCACGUACUUCUUUGUUGGCUUGACGAUUUACUAUCUCAACCUCGAGACAUUUCGUGUCAUCAAAUUCCGCCAGGACUAUCUCGGAUCACAGUCCACCGUAACAGAUAGGACAUUCCGACUUACAGGUAUUCCCGAGGAUUUGAGAUCGGAGGGAGAUAUCAAGGAACUUAUUGAAAAAUUGGGCAUUGGAAAGGUUGAGAGAGUUCUGCUUUGUCGAGACUGGAAGAAGCUUGAUGACCUUGUUGAUCUGAGAGAUGCGACUUUGCGACGCCUGGAAGCUGCAUGGGCUAUCUUUCUCAAGCACCAGCGCCAAAAACAAAAAAGCAAUAGGCCCCAAAGGAGAGGCAGUAAUGGAGUGCCUCGCGACCAAGAAGAUGACGACCAAGCUGGAGAGAACGGACGCCUCUUGGACUCUCAACAGGAUCCAUGGGGUUCCGACGAUGAGGGCAGACCUAAAGUCAACAUACGCUAUGGGGCCCUUGGUUUGCGAUCCCGCAACGUUGACGCCAUCGAUUAUUACGAGGAACGACUUCGAAGACUGGAUGCACAAGUUACAGAGGCUCGCAAGAAGUCAUACGCGCCAACAGAUAUGGCCAUUGUUACUAUGGACUCCGUAGCUUCAUGUCAGAUGGCUAUCCAGGCGCGAAUCGACCCCAGACCAGGCCGGCUCUUGACCAAGUUAACACCGGCUCCUUCAGAUCUCGUCUGGAGGAACACCUACGCUCCUCGCGGUAUUCGCCGCCUUAAAUCAUGGGCUGUGACAUUAUUCAUUACGGCUCUCACACUCGCAUUCAUAUUUCCCACCAUUGGCAUCACGACACUGUUGAGCUACUGUACAAUCAGAGAUUACUUUCCAGCAUUGGCCAAAUGGCUACAAGCGCACGGCGUUAUCUUUUCGUUUGUCCAAAACGGUUUGCCCGCUUUAGUUGUAUCGCUUCUUAACGUUGCCGUUCCAUAUCUAUACGACUUCCUCUCUAACCACCAAGGAAUGAUUUCUCAGGGUGACGUGGAACUCUCUGUCAUCUCCAAGAAUUACUUCUUCACCUUCUUCAACACGUUCUUUGUUUUCGCGGUGUCAUUGACAGGAAUCAAUUUCUGGAGCCGGAUUCAGGAAAUUGCGAAGGAUACAAGCAAAAUGGCGACAUAUAUGGCCGACGACGUGGAGGCGCUAUCGAUUUUCUAUAUUUGCUUCAUCUUGCUCCAGGGAAUUGGCCUCAUGCCCUUCCGAAUUCUCGAGGCGGGGAGUGUAUUCCUUCAUCCGUUCCUCCGGUGGCUUUCUAAGACGCCACGCGAUGCCCUUGAGCUCCAAAAACCCCCUGUUUUUCAAUAUGGCUUUUUCCUACCCACGUCUCUGCUUGUUUUCAACCUCUGUCUUAUCUACAGUGUCUUGUAUUGGGGGUAUGCUAUCCUCAUUGUUGGCACUGUGUACUUCUGUCUAGGCUACUUUGCUUUCAAGUACAUGGUACUGUACGCAAUGGAUCAGCCUCAACAUGCCACUGGAGGUGCGUGGAGAAUAAUAAGCUACCGUAUCAUCGUGGGGUUGCUCGUCUUGGAGAUUGUCAUGGCGGGCCGGAUUGUCACAUACAAGGCUUUCAUUCAGUCGGUGUGCAUUUUGCCACUGCUCCCCUUGACCACCUGGUACAGCUACUAUAUCAAGCAGCGAUUCGAGCCUCUGACCAAAUACAUUGCCCUUCGCGCUGUCAGGGCAGAUGGGGAUCCAGAUGAUGCAGCUGCGCUGGAUGAUGCAUUUGAGAACGAGGACCGCCCUCGACCCUCACAGGCCAUUCUGCGUCGUGGAAGUACCCUGGACGAGUACAAGGAAAAGGGACUGCAAUUCGUCAACCCCAGUCUUGUGGCCCCACUUCCCCAGCCGUGGAUCUACGACGAGCCACCUCCACCCAUCCCCACGGAUGACACGCAGACAACAGAGGAGACUGAGCGCCCUGUUCUCCAGGGUGUCGAUAGCACACUUGGUAUAGGAGACGAAAAUGUGUGGAGAGACAACGGAGGAAAUAAUGUUUAA